AUGGCCAAUGAGAUCUUUCGUAAUAGUUGUUCGAAUUUGCGUAAGCUGGUGUACACGAUAAAACACGAUGAAUCUUCAUUCGACGAGAUCACAAACGGUCGCUAUUCUUCGACAUAUACAAAUUUGCAAAUACAAUACGAGUAUAAAACCUACCCUGUGCCUCAAAUUUUGCAGUCCAAACCUUUGGAUCUGGAAGCCGGGAUUGCCCAAUAG